AAGCCUCUCCUUUAUCCACUUUUUUGCUUGUCUCCCUAAACCAUCUGUGAUGCUAGCUGAGACUCGAAUUUACAUAAGAGCCAGAAACCAUCAACCCAACCUCUUCACACACUAACGUCUACAUUCGUCUCUUUAAAAAAGACUUAAACUUUGGCUCAUGUGGGAGGUGGUGGUAGUGGUGGAGACUUAAUAAAAGGUGGUUUCGUCUUCCUGAAGUGGAAAUAUAGCACCGUCAACAUCUUUUCCCCAUCUGGCUGUUUCCUCCUUCCCUUUCUGUUUAAGGAAAGUGUAACCACCGUACUUCUCCCCACCUCCCCGCACCUCCCCCAACAAACGCAAGCAACUGAACCGCCUAUGAUGUCAUAAUCACAAUCCCAUUACCUCAUCCUGCUGAGGGGGGGCGGAGAGAGAGGAGAGGGAGUGAACAGUCCUGGGCUAUCCUGAGCUUUACAAAGUGUUCUGGGUGAGUGCAAAUUACAGAACCAAGUGGAAACGUCCCCGCAACCAUUAUAAGUUCUGGGUUUUUAAGGUUCAGGCCGAUCUGGCAGCUGCAAGAGCGGCUUCUGGGACUCCGAGCAGGCCCUAAUCGGCGCUUGGACCACACUUCCCAGCAGCCUUCACGCCGCGGACGGGUCCUUUGCUGGGGGAAGGGGGCUUCCUUCGAAGAGGUGGUCGUGGAGGGCGGGGCAGCCGAGCAGACUCAGCAGGCAUGACUGGAGAGGGAAGUCCCAAUGGUGCUAGAAUGGUGCUGCAGUGGCAGAAGACGGCUUACGAGUGAGGUCUGGAAGAACAACAGGGAAGACAUCCAUCAUUUGCUCCAAAGUGUGCAAGUCAAAUCCUGGGGAGAAUCAUGAUAACCCUGAUCACUGAGCAGCUACAGAAGCAGACUCUGGAUGAGCUGAAAUGCACACGCUUCAGCAUCAGUCUGCCUUUGCCUGAUCAUGCAGACAUCUCCAACUGUGGGAACCCUUUUCAGCUUGUGUCUGAAGGUGCUUCCUGGAGGGGCCUGCCCCACUGUUCCUGUGCUGAGUUCCAGGACAGCCUCAACUUCAGCUACCAUCCCUCAGGCCUGAGCCUGCACCUCAGACCACCCAGUCGGGGAAGCUCCCCCAAGGAGCAGCCCCUCUCCCAAGUCCUAAGACCUGAGCCCCCAGACCCAGAGAAGCUUCCUGUGCCCCCUGCCCCUCCAUCCAAGAGGCACUGCCGCUCACUCUCAGUGCCCGUGGACCUGUCUCGCUGGCAGCCGGUGUGGCGGCCCGCCCCCUCCAAGCUGUGGACUCCCAUCAAGCACCGGGGCAGUGGUGGAGGGGGUGGGCCGCAGGUGCCUCACCAGAGCCCCCCGAAACGGGUCUCCAGCCUCAGGUUCCUCCAAGCUCCCAGUGCCUCUUCUCAAUGUGUCCCAGCCCACAGACCCUACAGCCCUCCUUUCUUCAGCCUGGCCCUGGCCCAAGAUUCCUCUCGACCCUGCGCUGCCUCCCCUCAUAGUGGCUCCUGGGAGAGUGAUGCUGAGUCCUUGUCACCUUGCCCACCUCAGCGCCGCUUCUCCUUGUCACCCAGCCUGGGCCCGCAGGCAAGCCGCUUCUUGCCCUCUGCCCGGAGCUCUCCUGCAUCCUCACCAGAGCUGCCCUGGCGACCUCGAGGUCUCCGCAACCUUCCCCGAAGCCGCUCACAGCCUUGUGAUCUGGAUGCCCGCAAAACUGGGGUCAAGCGGCGCCACGAGGAGGACCCCCGGCGUCUGCGGCCUUCCUUGGACUUUGACAAGAUGAAUCAGAAACCAUACUCAGGAGGUCUCUGUCUCCAAGAAACAGCCCGGGAAGGCAGCAGCAUCUCUCCACCGUGGUUCAUGGCCUGUAGCCCCCCACCCCUCUCUGCUUCCUGCAGUCCCACUGGGGGUUCCUCCCAGGUGCUGAGUGAAAGCGAAGAGGAGGAGGGGGCUGUGCGGUGGGGUCGGCAGGCGCUGAGCAAGCGGACACUGUGCCAGCAGGACUUUGGGGACCUGGACUUGAAUUUGAUUGAGGAGAACUAAAACUGAGAGGCUACUUCCUGGGGCCACACAGACUGACUCUCUCAUGGCUACUAACAAGUGUCGAGGCCCCAAGGCUGGGGGCCAAGCCUGGGAAUGGGGGUGAGUGGAGGGCUCCGACUCAGGGCAGCCGGAAAUCUUCUCGCUCCAGCAAGCUCGACCAUGCCGAGAGACUGGCCGGGACAAGAUAAACGGAGCUGGUGGCGGGAGGGACAGCCCCAGAGCAGACCCUUCCCAUGGCGGCCCUGAGUGUGAGUAUCCCUGCCACGAAGAGAGCAAUGGGCAGGGAAGGAACGGGUCUGCCGACCCCAGCUCGGGGAAUUUCACUAGCCCCUUUGCUUCAAAGGGCACUUGUGUCUUAGAAUUUGGCCAGGGUGGGGGGUUGAGUCAGCCUCCUCAGAGAAACUGCGUGAGAGUGUGUGCGUGCAUGGGAGUGUACUUGUGGAACGGUGUGUUUGCGUAGCCUUAGGGAAGGAAGGCAAUUACUCCUUAACAGCAGAAUAUCAUGAUACCCCCGGGAUCUUGAGUUUUUUACAGGAUGUUGGGUUUGCUCAAGGAGUCAAGAGGAGGGCACAAAGUUUUCCUUUUUUCUAAAUAGCUCUGGAACCAGGCUUGUAAUCCAUAGCAUCACCGACUCUGCAAAGGAUUUCAUUUUGGGGCACAGCAGGGUGUUUUAAGUGCUGUGACUUCAGCUAAUGAUCUUUUCCUCAGCCCCACCCCCUCCCCACUAGCUCGAUCUAGUAUAUUGGGGAAUGCAGGUGGGGGGUGUCACCAUAUUUUUUCUGAGCUGGCCUUUUUUUCUCAUUAGAUUGUCUAGACUAUAUACCACCUGCCUCUUUUGCCCUGUUGAAUAGAGUUGCACACAGCACACGGGCAACUGACGCAGGGUUGAGGGACUCUCUCUCUGUCUCUGCCUCUGCUGAUGGGACCCUUUUCCCUCACCCUCUGCCCUUCUAGGUCAUAGACUAGGUAGGAAGGCCCUGUAUUGGUCUGCAGCAUCUACUGAGGCAGACCUGCAACAGAAGUGGCAUUCAGUCCCCAGCAGACAUGAGUGAGCUCACCCCAGCACUGCUGUUGGGAAGGUGACUGCAGGAAACCAAUUCUUACAAGAUCCAGGCCCAGCCUUUUCGACCUGCUUGAGAAGGAGGAAGGGGUGGUUGGCAUUUAAUAGUUUGCUUGUCUUCCACUCAUGCCAGGAAGUGUUUAUUUGCCUUUAAUUGGCCCUGAGAGACCAAAGGGAGGUUGGGGCUCACCGAGGGAUUGGCUGAGGAUGUAUAAAGCAAAGGCUGUGAGAAGCAGUUGGGAGUUUGGUUGUCAUUGGAUUGAAUUUUUUUUGUUUCUCACCCGCAACUUGAGCCAGGACAGCUGGUCCCAGUGGCCACAGUGAUGGGUUUAAGUACCUUGGUAGGGCUGGCACCAGUGGAAACACAUACUGAAGCUGACCCCACAGUAGCCUGUGAGGUUUUGUCCAGCUUUGGUUAGACCCUACAUGACCAAAUUGGACCUGCCCUUCUUCUUUAUGGCAAGAAGGGCAUUUUUCUCUUCAAUUUCCAGGGUUUCCUAAGACCCAAUUCCUCUUGUAAGGGAAGAAGACCAAGGUCUUUGUGUUUUCUUCCUCAUGGAAUUGAACCUGACAUUUUCUGGAUCUCCUGCAUGUCAGGAGCAUCAGUGAGGCUUCAGCCUCCUCGUCUCCACUCCAGAGAGGAGGUGGCCAUGUCUUCUUAAGCCUCUGGCCCUCAGAGGCUCCUCCCUAUCUCCUGGCUAGUUACUACUGGGCUACCAGGUCUCUAGGGGCUUCAUAGAGGCCCUCUGGAGAAUCCAGGGAAACCGUGAGCCCAGGAGUUGCCCAUCUAUGGUUUCAUUCCUCCCCUGGCUCUUCUCCCUCUUCAGGCCAUAAUUUCCCUGGUGCCAACUUCUUUUCCUCCUGGGGUAUCCUCAUCCCUGGGCUCUCUGCUGCAGAUUGGCUGUGCCAGCUUCCCACAGGUCACUGGCAAUGCCAGUGAGUUUCUGCAGGCCCUAAGCUGAAGAAGUGAGGCAGUGAUUCUGCCUCCAUCCUGGUUUCCCCAAAGCCCCAGGGCACCAUCCUUAGGGGAGAAGGUCUACAGUUAUCAUUAUUUUAAUUCCAUUACUUUCAGUCUGGAAAACUAAGCUAGUCAGAACUAUCAUCUUGCUUCCCAAUCUAAGAACCUGUGGCCCUGGAACACUUUUCAAGAAGUGGUUACACAGUAGAUCUGUUUCAACAGUUCUGUGUAAACCAAAUGCUGUUUUUCAAUGCAUUUGGACUGCUGACCAUUUAAAAGCAGCCUAUGAUUGCUUCUUUUUGUAAAGCAGCAACCUCCCUCCACUUUAGCUGUUUUGACUAUUUGAAUUUUCACAUAUUGGGCUUACCCAGAGUGGAGCACACCUCCAGGGCAUGUGGCUGACACUGGGUAGAUGUCUGCAUCUGUGCUGUGUGUGUGGUGUGGUUGGCCAGUAGGUGAGUAUCCCUGUGUGUGUGAGUGAAGCCACUCCCCAGGCUGGUGCUCUCUUCCUGUGCCCAGUGACUGCCCAGUGGCAGCCCAGCUGCCCUUCACUCCCACCUGCUGCCAAAGUCCCUGUGCUAAUGGGAUUACAAAUACAAAAAGUGGAAAAAAAUUUUUCGUAAACUUUGUUUUAUAUUAAAAAAAAAUCCAUAAGUCUGUGUGUGUUAAACAUGAGGUUCUGCCUCUGUGGCUGUGUUUGAAAAAAUAAAGUUUUAUUAGAAUAAUCCAUUUUCCCAAGCAA